UUUUUUCUGAUUUUUCAGUUUCACUAUUUCACACAAAAAAUAAUAAUUAUUAAAAUAGAAUUGUAAAUAUCCUUUAUAUAUAAGUAGUGUUAUUUAAUAUUUUGUAAAAAAUCGUAAAUUCGUCGUCAAAUUUUUCAUACAAGUUGCAACGCGUUAUUACGCUUCUUUCGAUAAUGGUGAUUAUGAACAAUGCUCAACUACAAGGACAGGAUUAUGAUUCAAUUUAUCCACCAGAUGGUGUCUCAUUACAGCCGUUUCUACAUCAGGUUUCUGGUCGAGCAAUCAUGAUGUGUUUAAAUGAAACAACAGUCUGUAAACCACUCAAUUUCAGAGAAUAUUAUUUUUAUCAAUCACUUCCAACAGAUAUUCUUCAAUAUACUCCACAAUAUAAAGGUGUGGUCAAUGUUAACAUAGAAGAAACCAAAGAUGGAACAAUUGCACUCACAGCAUUCCCUUCUCAUAAUGAUGAAAAUGACCAAAUUGAUAAAAAAGAAGAAAAUUCUCAACUUUCGUUAAGCCAAAUAACAACGACAAAUAAAAAUAAUAAAAACGUAUCCAAUGAUUCAUGUAAAAGAUUAAUUACGCAAGUACAUUCUGCGGGAGAACGAAGUUCACGAAAAAGAAUUCGACUAAAACGUACUGGAAGUCUCUGCAUUGAACGUAGUGAUGGAAGUCUUGAUAACGAUAUUGAAAAAUCAACACAAAAACCAAGAUUUAACCCAUGGACGUUAAAAGUAUAUAAAGAAGGCCUGACAAGACAUCUGCAUAGCACAAAUAAAGUAGUACAAAAAUGUAUAUUACUGGAAAAUGUGGCAAGUCGGUUCAAAUGUCCAUGUAUUUUGGAUUUGAAGAUGGGAACGAGGGUGCAUGGUGAUUUUGAUGAUGAUGCCAAACGACAAAGACAUCUGGAAAAAUGUGCAAAAAGUACAACACAAUCUCUAGGUGUCAGGCUUGCAGGAAUGCAGGUUUACAGACAUGAAUCUGGAACUUUCCUUUGUCGGAACAAAUAUUUUGGCCGAUCUUUGACUGUCGAAGGUUUUGGAAAAACUUUACGAGAAUUUUUUUACAACGGAUAUAAGAUGCGAAUCGACCUUAUUCAGCCAAUUAUUAACAAUUUACGUUCCCUCAUCAAAAAAUUGAAUAAACUUCCGUCCUAUCGUUUCUAUUCAAGCUCUCUCUUGGUAAUGUAUGAUGGAAUGAGUGAAGAUGUGCAAAAUUGUGGUAGCGAUAAAAUAUCAGAAAAAUCAAACAAAGAUUUCAGCACCAAAGCUUCUGACCAAGAUGAAACUCUAUCAUCUAGAGAAGAUGAUGAUAAUAUACAAUCAACAGAAAACGAAGAAAUUGUUUCAGGAUCAGAAUCUGUAGACGUUCGGAUGAUAGAUUUUGCAAAAUCGACGCAUGGGAACAUGGAUGCCAGUAUCAUCCACAAAGGACCAGACAAAGGAUACAUAUUUGGACUAGAGAGCCUCAUAGAAGUUUUAAACAACAUAAUAAUUGAAGAUUUGCAGUAAAUUAUGUUCGCUUGCCAUAGUACUUUAGACAUUUUUGGUUGAACAAGUGUAUAGAAUGGUGUGCAACCUUUCUUGCUUGGUUGAUCUGUUGCCUAAAAUUGAAAUAUCUAUAUUAUUAUAUUUGUAUUGCAUUCGUUUAAGCAUGUAGUCAAGUGCAAUAUACGUUUCUGACCAAAUUUGUGUGUUCCAUCUAAUAACUGAGUUUUGAGGGAGAUUUUAUAUUAAAAUCUUAUUUGCUA